GGGAAAACUUGUUGAGGGGGGAGCUGCUAGUGCCAAGAGAGCCGAGACUCCUGAGUUCCACCGACCGUCGAGAGUGGGUGUGAAAACGAAGACAAUCAUCAAUGGCGGGCGUAUCGCUCAAUUGCGGCGACUGUGGGACUCUGCUGAGGUCGGUUGAGGAAGCCCAAGAGCAUGCCGAGCUCAGCUCCCACUCCAACUUCUCUGAGUCCACGGAAGCUGUUCUCAAUCUCGUUUGCUCUUCCUGCGGCAAACCUCGCCGAUCCAAAACUGAAAGUGAUUUGCACACCAAAAGAACAGGGCGUACUGAGUUUGUUGAUAAGACUGCGGAUGCAGCUAAACCAAUAAGUUUGGAGGUUCCAAAGGCUACUCCUUCAGGGUCCAAAGAGGCUGUUUGUGCAAGUAGCCAUGUGCCAGAAGAAAUGGUCGUCCCGGAGGUUGACAAAAAGCUGCUUGAGGAACUUGAAGGAAUGGGCUUUUCGACACCACGGGCAACCCGUGCACUUCACCAUUCUGGCAACGCUAGCUUGGAGGUUGCUGUCAAUUGGGUAGUUGAACAUGAGAAUGAUCCGGACAUUGAUGAAAUGCCUUCGGUACCAAUAAACAGCAAAUUUGAGGCUCCAAAACCUUCUCUCACGCAAGAACAAUUGAAAGCCAAGCAACAAGAGCUUAGGUAAGGAUUCGCGUGGGCAAGGAACUCCUAGAAGCGAAGAGAAUAGAAGAAGACAAUGAAAGAAAACGGUUUAUCUUCAUCUACUGAAUCUUGUGUGAUUGAUUAUUUCUUGUGCUUGUUUUCCAAUCUACCAUUUAAUGACAUCAAAUGUCAUUUUCCCUCACAUUACAUGAAUUUGUCUUCCAUUGGCAUGGAAAUGUUUCUUUGUGAUAGGAUUAUUGCUUUGGGAAAAGCGGAGAAAGAUGAAGAGAAAAGAGCUAGGGAAAGGAUUCGUCCUUUUUGCGUUGGUAAUGGAUGAGUUAACAGGACAUAUUCAAGAUGAUAUUCCUUGGUGUAUGCUUUUCGCAAACGAUAUA